AUGAGCAGCUCCGAUUCGAGUCCGGGCACGCCGGAUGAGAUGGAGCGAUCAAGGGGCAUGGGGGCGGCGACGUCGCCUGCACCUCAGGAUGCCGCCCCCGAGCCCGUUUGUGUCGAGGACACGGCGCCCGCAGACGAAGCGCCGGCGGAACCGUGUGCGCCGCACCAGCCCAAGCGAAUGCCUUCACUGCGAACCGUAUCCGACCCGCCCAACAGGAACCCGAGCUCGACGGCCAUCGGGUUGUUGGAGAGCGCGCGACACCCGUCGUCAAACUCCCCGCCGACUCUUGCUACGGGCGCAGGUGGCGUCAUGAACAUCGAUGUCAUGGAGAGAGCACGGGCUCUUCACCAAGCGCGCAUGGGCAUGUCACCCGGCACCAUGCAUCGCCCGAGCCCUGUGCCGCAUCCCAACUCCGACACCUUGAUAGCCAAACCAUCCCUGAGCCAGAGGAAAUUCGGCAUGAAGCUGUCGGACAUGGGUGUCGGGACCACGACUCAGUCGCCCUCCGGCCUCAGGCGCGCCGGUGCUCCCAAGCUGGCCGACAUGGAGGUCGGUGCACCGCCGGGCGGCGAGCAAAAGCCCAGGGGGGCCGGUCUCGGCUCGAAGCUGGACGACUUCAAGAAGUACAUUGACACCGAGAAGGGCUGGAUCACCUUUGACGGAGCCGCCACCAUCACCAAGGACGGUGUCAAUUUCGCCAGCGGCCAGACCUUCACCAUCUCCCCCGACGAGAUUCAGAAGCUGGGCGAGCUGGGCAAGGGCAACUACGGCACGGUUCACAAGGUCAGGCAUGCCAAACCGUCGGCCCCGCGAUUCGGCAGCCUACCGGGCGGCCGACUACCGCACUCCCUUUCAGACGCGGCUUUGGACAGUCCAAAGGCGGCGGCGGCGGCGGCGGCGGCGGCAGCGGCAGCGGCCAGCGAGCCACCGCACCCGGCCAGCGGCGAUGGCCGCGGUGACGGCACAACCGGCAAGCUCAUGGCGAUGAAGGAGAUCCGACUCGAGCUGGACGACGCCAAGUUUUCCACCAUCCUGAAGGAGCUCGUCAUCCUGCACGAGUGCGUCUCUCCGUACAUUAUCGAGUUCUACGGUGCGUUCUUCCAAGAGAGCGCCGUCUACAUAUGCAUCGAGUACAUGGACGGAGGGUCCGUGGACAAGCUGUACGCGGGGGGGGUUCCCGAAAACGUGCUGCGCAAAAUCACGUAUUCCACCGUCAUGGGGCUCAAGUCCCUCAAGGACGAGCACAACAUCAUCCACCGCGACGUCAAGCCGACCAACAUUCUGGUCAACACCAGAGGGCAGGUCAAGAUUUGCGACUUUGGCGUCAGCGGCAACCUGGUGGCCAGCAUAGCCAAGACCAACAUCGGCUGUCAGAGCUACAUGGCCCCCGAGCGAAUCUCGGGCGGAGGCAUGGCCCCGACCGGCAGCUCCGACGGAACCUACAGCGUCCAGAGCGACAUCUGGAGUCUGGGCCUGACCAUCAUCGAGUGCGCAAUGGGGCGAUAUCCAUAUCCCCCCGAAGUCUCGUCCACCAUCUUCAGCCAGUUGAAUGCCAUCGUGGAGGGCGACCCCCCGGACCUCCCCAAGGAGGGAUACUCGGAAACGGCGCAGGACUUUGUCACCAGCUGCCUGCACAAGAUGCCCAAAAUGCGCGCCACGUACGCCAUGCUCCUCAACCACCCGUGGGUGCAGGCGUUUUCCAAGCCCAGCACGAUAGCAGAAGAAGCCGAAGAAGGCGAGGAGGCGGAAAAGGCCGCAGAGGCAGUGGGAAACCUGCAGCUCGGCGAGGCCAGCACCGAAGACGCCGAGGUCGCAGCCUGGGUCAGGGGCGUCCUCGAGAACAAGGACAAGGACAAGGACAAGGACAAAGCCGGCGGCAGCUCUUUUCCCGCGCUGCACAAGGCGCCCCUCGGCUCCGUGAGCCCGCUCAACAGCCCGCUGCUGAGCAAGAAGCCCUGA